UGGGGAGCCUGACUUAGGCAAAGCCUCACCAUGUUGCCCAGGUCUCACCAUGUUGCUCAAAAAGGUGAUGAACUCCUGGGCUGAAGUGAUUCUCCUGCUGCAGCCUCCCACAUAGCCCCACAGCACUCCCACACUCAUUCGCAGGGCAGCAGUAGAGACUCAGGCCUAAGUCCAGUGGGGAGUCACAGGAAUGUUUUAAGUAGGUGGUGGGUGGGUCUGGCUUACUCUUGAAAACGACCCCUAACCAGGAGUGUAUUGGUCCACUGCAGUCUUUGUCUUUACUGGGUGCUCAACUUGCAGAGCAAGAAGCAUGGGCCAGGGCUAGGCAGCUCUAGAUCAGGUAUGUGUGAUUUGGAGGAAGCCACCAGCCUCUUGAGAUUCUUAUCCCUAAAACUGCAUAGGGAUAAACUGCAUAAACUGCUCUAAUGAUCAAAGGCAUGCAAAUGCCCAGUAGAGAAAAAGGGGUAAAGAAAUCAUUUUUCUUCAGUACAUUGAACAAAGCCGAGCAGCCUUUGUUUUCACACAGUAACCCUGUAAAGUAUUAUCGUUUCCCCUUUGGAACCGGUCUCAGCCCCUGCCUGUUCGCGCCUGCGCAGUGGAUACAGGCUUGUGCUGAGCUGGGCGCCAGAGACGCUCGGGAGUUGCCUGGCAACUAGAGGGCGGGUUUAAGAAGCAGCUUGCGUCUUGUGGCAGGUGAGGUGGUGGCGGCGAGUGAGGGGCCUGGGAAACAGGGGCGCUCCCUGACCUACCCAGUCUCACUCACACGGGCCCAUGUCCUCAGACCCCAGUCACAUCUUUACUUCGGUGGCUGUGCUCCUUCAGCGCGUGGCGUUCAGAGGGAGGGCCCUGUCAUUGUGCCCCUGAUUCUCGGGGAAGGGGACCCAGAGUACUUAUGGCAGCGUCCUUCCCAGCCCAGUCUUGCUCCUCUCCUUGUGUGGUGGUCGGUUUCAGAAUCUGAUUCAUCUUUUUACUGAGGAGAUUUCUGCAGGGCUAUGUCCUGCCCGUGUAACUAUAUGUGAUAACAAUCAUAAUAACCACGGCCAAUUUAUCUUGGGGCUCUGGCGAGCCACAUUUUUUCAUGGGUAUCAGUUAAUAUGACUACACUGGAAGGGCCAGAAGGGGGCACUAUUAUUCUUUUUACAGCUUCAGAAAGACACAGAUGGAGGAAGUACCUUGUCAAGGGCCACCUGUGUCAUGGACCUGCAGCCAGUUCUUAACCAGUAGCCAUAGUUGCUUGUGUCUCUGCAGAACUUCAUUUCAAAAACCUUUCAAAAGAGAAAGAUGGCUCAUACUCGUAUCUCCAUGUACCUGCCUCCGAACAUCAAUCCUGCUCAGGCCGAUAUUGCCUAUGGCUGUUGGGCUCUGCCCAAACUGAACAAGGAGCUACAGUCAGAGGACCUACAGACAAGGCAGAAAGCCCUCAUGGCCCUGUGUGACCUCAUGCACGACCCUGAGUAUGUCUACGAGGCCGUUGACAUAGGCUGCCUGGAGAGUCUGACAGCUUUGCUGAAAGAUAGUGACACCCUGGUUCGGAUAAAGACCACCGAGGUGCUCUGCAUCAUGGCAAACCAUAAUGUGGGCAGAACCAGCUUCCUAGAGCACGACAUCAUCCUUGCCCUGUCCUUUCUGCUGAAUGAUCCCUACUCAGCCUGCCGGGAGAACCUGCACCAGGUAUACAAGCAGCUGGCUCAGCUACCUGAAGGGGCUCGGGGAAUCAUCAACAGUGGCCUGAUUCCUUCACUGGUGUGGAAGCUGCCAAGGGAGGAAGAGGACAUCCAGGAACUCAUCCUGGACACACUGGCUCCCUGCCUGCAGGAAGAUGCCACUGAAGCACUGGCCAGCCGAGCUGUGCCCUUCCUCAAGCAGAAGCUCCUUAGUGAUAAUGCGAACAUCCGCAGCAAGGCUGCUCGGGUGCUCACUGCCAUCAGCAUCCCUUUGGAGGGCAAGAACCAGGUAAAGCAGCAUGAUGUCAUCCCCAUCCUGGUGCAUCUUCUGAAAGACCAAGAACCAGAAGUUCAGGCCAAUGCUGCUGGAGCCCUGAUGAAUGCUGCAGUGACCACUGAAGGGAAAUAUACGGCCCUGGAUGCAGAUGCCAUUGAGCCUCUCCUGAUGCUGCUGCAUUCACCUGUGACCAAGGUACGCCUGAAUGCUACCAAGGCCCUCACAAUGCUGGCUGAGGCCCCUGAGGGCCGCAAGCGCCUGCAGACCCAAGUGGGUACCUUCCGUGUUCUAGAGUUAGAUAACAACGUGACUGUCAGGCGGGCAGCCCAGAUUGCCAUCAAAGUAAUUGAGUGGAAACCCUGAGCCCCUUAGCAGGCAAAACCUGAUAAUUCACCUCUAUACCUGAAUAAAUAGGCUGAAUUUCUUUA